AGAUCACUCUCCCUUUUUUCGCCACCUCACCUGAGCGAGCAUCCUCCCAUCCCAGAGAGCAGCGAGAGAGAGAGACACAGCGCCUCACACCUUGCACCAGACAGAAUGAUGACUCGCAUCGCACUUCUCCUUCUUGCUGCAUCCCUGUACUGGAGCUGCACCACAGGCGCAGACAUAGCCUUAGAUUGCUGCCUGUCCAUCACGGAUAAACCCCUUCCUCGCUCAUUGGCACAGUCGUAUAAAUUAUCCGACGCAGGAUGCACCGUCAAGGCCACUGUGAUCACCACCAAGAGAGGACUGCAGGUGUGUGUCCCUCCUCCAGAAAAGAGUCAAUGGGUGAGGAAGCUCAUCGCUGCUCUGAAUAAAAGAGGUUCCCAGUGAGUACGUCAGGGGAGGAGAGGAAGCGAAGAGGGAUGACUCCAUGUCAAAGAGGCACAGUUGAAGUCCCGUACCUUGAUGAUGACGAUAGUUCACUCCAUGCGGCUGGCAAGGAAUGUUCUGCAUGAUGGAAUCUUGCGAGAGUCGAAAGCUGUGUGAAGCCAGCGCAGUUUUAUUUGUUGUAUAUUGUUUCUACUUACCUACUGUGGUACUUGGUGCCUUUUGAUGUUCUCAUAUUUUCUGACAGUUUUUUUUUACCCCAUUAAGUAUGCUUUCAUGUGUAAAUGUGCAUUCUCCCCACAAGUUUCUAUGUGAUGUUUUUUUUAUAAAAUAAAUAAAUAA